UUAAAAUACGUCGUGGGCGUAGCGGCUCCUUGUAAUGGCGACCGUGCCGUAGAUGUGCCUAGGUUUGUGAAAAUGAAGCGAAGAAGAAGUUAUUUCUUUUAAGUAAAACGCCGAGGUUCCCCGGAGGAGGACUUUGCGUCUAUAACCGUCAUCUUCAUAAGUGGUAAACUUAGCUGUACUUUUGAACUUUUGCACCCCCAAAAUGAUGAAGCUCAAGUCAAAUCAAACCCGGACGUACGACGGGGAAGGCUACAAGAAGCGGGCUGCCUGCCUGUGCUUCAGGAGCGAGAGCGAGGAGGAGGUGCUGUUGGUGAGUAGUAGUCGACAUCCUGAUAAGUGGAUAGUUCCUGGAGGGGGAAUGGAGCCUGAGGAGGAGCCCAAUGUUGCUGCAGCUCGAGAAGUGUGUGAAGAGGCCGGUGUGAAAGGGACUUUAGGUCGCUUAGUUGGAGUAUUUGAGAACCAGGAGAGGAAACACAGAACAUAUGUGUAUGUUCUUAUUGUAACAGAGGUGCUGGAGGACUGGGAGGACUCGGUCAACAUUGGGAGAAAAAGGGAAUGGUUUAAAAUAGACGAUGCCAUACAAGUGUUGCAGUGUCACAAGCCUGUGCAGGCCACCUACUUCGAGGCUCUCCAGGAGAGUUGCCUGACCAGUAACGGAACACCGUUGGUGGCCACGAUAGGUGGGGACCUCUCCCCUACCUACAGCAUCAGUCAGAGCUCCGUCUCGGGUAUCAGAUAACUAAAACCAUAAUUCUGACACCCCCAGGAGCUAUCGCCACCACUUGCGCUCUUACUUGUGUCAUUUCUCUUCUCUUCUCUUCUUUUCUCUUUCUCUUCUUUCUCUUUCUUUGUCUCAAUUACAUGGUUUGCCUUGCCAACUCCUUUGUGCCAGAACCGUGGCACAGACUUGAUGACAAGUGUUGAGUGAAUAGUCUGAAACACUUUGUAAAUGUAAAUGUAAUUUUUGGCCCCUCUUUUUUUCUUUUUACUGACAACUGCAUGAAGUGUCCCCUCAUUCCCCUUCCUAAACACGCCCUUAGCGUGGUGUUUAUUGAAUGCAAGAACUACUUUUUACUGUUGUAAUGUAAAAGUGUAUACUUAGUGCUUAAGCUGAAGGCUUUUGGUGGUCUUUUUAACGUUUCCUCCAUCCUUUUGGUUAUUUUUCUGUGAAUGAAUGUGUCCAUUAGUGUACUCCCUUCCCUGUUGUAUGGAUAGGAAAUAUUGUCUGUAUCUGAAUGAACACAGUUGUGGGAAGUGACUUGUCUUGCAUGAGCACUGUUAUGUUGUGUCUCACUCACUAGAGUGACCUGAUGCUGACUGUGCAACAGACAUUUGGUAAGGUCUUUGGCUUUUCUUCAUUUUUCUCCUUACUGUAGUUGUUGAUGUCUUUUUAAUCAGAAGGAUACAGCCCCUAAGUAGUCUUUCAAUUUCAGUAGUCUUUCAAUUUCAAGUGUCAACUGUGUUUCUCUUAUUUGGGAAGCUAGCCAAGCACUACAGGUUUCACUCUCAGACAAAGCAUACUGUAUACAGAAUACUGUAUAGCGAGUGAAAGAAUGUCAACAUACAAUGUAAAUUGAACCACCUUUCUCCUCAGUGUCUUUACCUCCUUUUAAUCCCUUUCUGUUUUCUUUUUUAAACUGCAUUCUUGUGACUGACUACAAAGUCUUCCUCCACAUACUGAGAGGGUAGAAGUAGUAGACUUAAGAAUCAUGGAUUUGUAAUUUCAAAAUGCAGCACAUAUCACUUAAGUUAUUAAAACCCAUUUUCAUAUUUUACUCCUCACAUUCAGUUUGGUUAAAAGCAAUUGUUUACAUUGUGUUCGUAAUAUAGCGCGGGUGACUUUAGCGGGCAGUUUUCAUUAUGGUCAUGAUUUUUCUUUUUUAGCCCUUCGUUCUUUAGUAUUUAAUCUGCAUCCCCAAGAACACUCAGAACACCUGCUUGACAUUGAAAGUAAUGGAUCUAUAAUGCUGUCCUUGGCAAGAUGCAGAACAAACAAGCCUUGUACAGUUUGAGACCUCGUUUUUAACAUGUAAAAUGCUUUUGGAUACUAGUUUAUUUUUCCUUUUUGUUUUUCUCUCUAACGUCUGGCAAAAGUCUCUUUAGCUGAGCUGCGUCACUUAGCCUCAAUGUGGCGUGAGGCAGCUAGCUCAAUACUGUGAAACUGGAGGCGCUGUAGAUAGCAUGUAAGAGGUUUUUAUUGUAAAUUGUUUAUUUCUGUAUAGAUCAAAAGCGAGAGUGCAAAUGACAAAACACCUCUUGCACAUCUGUGAGUGCUACAUGUCAUUUCAACUGAGGCUGGAAGAACUGAUUGAACUUGUUGUGCUGGCUUUGACGCUGUUGGGAAUUUUCUCUUGAGAUAGAAUACAGUACAUCUAAGGCUAAAGAACAAGGAACGUGGCUGUGGUUAUUGGUGAAGUUAAAGAGCGUAUUCAUAAUAGAAUAUUCUUAAAUCCUUCUUUUGACCAAAACUAAUUUCUAACUGUAAGGGACUCCUGCUUUUUCAUCCUUGGUCAAACUGUAAAGUGAAUUAAAACUGUAGUCGGAGUGUCUCAACCACUACUUUGUUAUGAAAUUAGAAAGGCUGAAAUCUUUUCAAGCUAGCAGCUGUGCCACUAGCUCUGGGCAGUGCAGUUUCCCAUAAAGGGUUUCUUACAUUGGUGUGUCCCAGAAGCUCCUAAAUAUUGUGUUGGUACUUUGGCCAUGUUUAAACCUGUAAUAACAUUUAGGUGGAUUAGGAGAGAGCAGCCAACACUGUUUUUUUAAUUUGAAAAUUUCUUGCAUGACUACAAAAUCUUGUCUACUUCCAUAUCGAAAUAUUAGCAAAUAAUUUAAGUCAGUGAUGUGCUGUCCUUUAAGUUUUCCACCAGUGCAUGACAGAGAUUUCUGGAUGUUUUGUGUGUCUGCCUUUUUGGACUGGGCAAACUAGUGAUAAGUUUCAUAGCUGGUGCAAAUACUUGCCUCCUCAACCCAAAGCUAUGCUACCAGCACAGUGAGAGUAAGCAUAUAGUUGGAGACUGGACGUUCAAAACAAGAAGUUUGAAAAUGCUAAAUACUACAUACUCAGAAAAAAGCCCCUUUACAUACAAGAAAUCAUGUAAACCAUGAUUAUAGUUGCAGUAUAGACCUAAAACACUUUACUUAGUUGAAUAGUAAACUGAGCACCUUGUCUCUUGCACCUUUAAUAAAGAUUAAAGAGUUCACAUAUUAUUGUAGAUUUGACGGUUUCAUUGGCAAAGACUGAUGUGCUUUGUGGCUGGAAACUUUUUUAAAAAAUUAUUUUAUUGUUAGUUAAAAUGUUUACUGUAAAGAAUUUACUGUAAAGUACUGUAGUAGUUCAAUAGAUCUAUAUGUACAGAAAACCCAUGGUUCAAAAACUGGUAAGAAACCCUUGAUGGGAAUUGACGCUGACAACGGAAUACUAGGGGAAGGAUGAGCAGGACCGCUUUUUUCAGCAAGCAGUGGUUGUGGAGUAGUGGUGACUUGCUUCUUUGUUCCCGUUGAUUGUUUUUGGUGGGCGCCACUGUCCCAAUGAAUACAGCUUUAGACGAGUUGAUAAUAUUGGCCUGUGAUAAUUAAAUAUUUUCUGUAUGCCAGUUUGGGUGAGCUUAUAGUCUGAAGUCUCCUCCAGUUAUUAGACUUUGAACUGAUUUACUGCUGUGUAUCAGAAAGGUGUGGUGGCCAAAGUCCUUCUUUAUGAUGCCCUGACUGGCACUUGACAUAAGAUUUUGUGUUGAUUAGACCUUUCAGUCUUCAUCUAAAUGUGCAAUUCGAUGUUUAUGGGAUGAACCUGUACACUGCGGACAAGCAAACCCCUGAGUAAUUGGCAAUGAUUGAAUUUGCUCUCUGUAGUUUGAUGUGGGUGACAGGUACUGUCAAAAUGAAUGUGAGGAGGUUUUCCACAAGUAACAGCCAGUGACUUAAUUAUUGAUGACCACUUGUUCUUUGUCCUUUUUUUCUGUUUGUUCUUUAAUCUGUUGUGUUAUUGACAAGCUUAUGUAUAUACCUAACACAACACCCUUACAGACGAUACACUUUAACUUUAUAAGAAUUAGUGUCCUUUUUUUUUUUCACCAUUCUUACUAAAAUUCAGAUAAUUCCUGUCAAAAAUAAAGUUUAGGCUCAAGUGCAAGAGCAAAUUUAUGAAGUAAGUGUUUCCACAAGGACAGUGGAGAUCAUUGGGUCAACCCUUCUUCCUGGAAAUUUUGGCAAAUUAAAUCGGCUGUCGUUUGACAUUGAAGCUGCUUGAUUUGGGCCUAACAGGAUGUACUCCUGAAACACCUGAAGCUUCACAUAAAGUCACCUCUUUAAUUUACCAAAGCUGAUUGUGUCUGUUAGCUGGCCCAUCUUGUGGCCAAAGCAAAAGUAUUAAAAGCACAUCACUUCACAGCUGAGGAUUGUAACAUUCAGUUUUGUUUAGUGUAAUCUUCAAACAUUUUAUCAGGUAAAUGAUUGGAAAAUAAAAAACACAUUGAUUUAUAAAAUGGCAACCCCCCUUCAAGACAACAACAACAUUGCAAUUGAAUAACAAAAUAAACGUGUGCACUUCUAGCCGUUGGCCUCAACCUUGAAGUUACAUAUUGUAAUGGUGUUCUCCAAGGUGUAUGUGUCACUGGAGUAUUCUUCCUCCUCUCUUUGUCAUUUGGGACUGUGGAAUAAAACCAGUGCGAGAAGACUGAA